AUGACCAAACAUAGUCGACUGUCCGCUCAUCAGCCGGGAGACGAUGAUUCGGACUCAGAUGCCUCAUUUCACAGCUUCAAGGACGACUCCGAACAACCGAUAGCAACAGACCCGAAACCACAGCCCAUCUUGCCGCAAGACGAACCGAAGCUCACCAAACCCGUUAUCGAGCGCUUCUCGCCGGAAGAGGAGGCCACACUUCUCGCCGAAUCUAACAGUCUGAAAGGCUCAGGGAACCAACUCUUCGGCAAAGGGAGCUACGAAAAUGCCAUCCAAACUUACGACAGAGCGCUUGCCUCAUGUCCGAACUAUCUCGACUUUGAGUUGGCAGUGCUACGUUCCAACAUAGCAGCAUGUCACAUAAAGUUGGAAGACUGGAAAGAAGCUGUAGAGAGUGCAGACAAGGGUGUCAACAAUCUUGACAACCUGGAGCCUCUGCCUCCGUUGCCCAAGCCCCGAGACCCUAGGAAAGACGGCAAGGAAGAUGAGAGCAAAGAUGAUGGGAUCGAGGAGGUUGAUGAUGAUGUCGAAGAACGAAUAGCCAACCUGCAGAAGAGUGGUCGAACGCUCGAUGAAGUGCGCAAGCUUCAGAUCAAACUCCUGCUUCGACGUGCAAAGGCGAAAACAGAACUGGCAGGGUGGGCGAACCUCCAAGCUGCAGACGAGGAUUACAGAAUUCUAUUGUCGCCCACAAUACAGCCUUGCCUUUCGCCCACGGACUUACGUUUUGUGAAGGAUGCAGUACGGGCACUUGCACCGAAACUGAACGAGGCGAAGGAGAAAGAAAUGGGUGAGAUGGUGGACAAGUUGAAAGGUUUGGGAAACAGUGUAUUGGGUAUGUUUGGCAUGAGCACGGACAACUUCCAGUUUGUGAAAGAUGAGAAGACUGGAGGUUACAGCAUGAACUUCCAGCAGAACCCAGGGAAGAAGUGA